AUGGCCGCCAGUCCACCCGCGGCCGAAGCACGUGGCUAUGUGCAGGGGGAACAUGUCAUGUUGUUUUUGGGAGAAAACGAGGAACCAGUGGUUGCCCACAAGGAUUCCAUUACCAGAAUGGAGCGUGACAUUUUAAGGACGCAUCUGCGUCGCAGAAUGGCUGCGUUGAAGCUCCAGAUAGAAACGGAGACUGAAAAACUUGAUAGACACAUUCGUGCUCGUGAUCGUGAACCUAGUCCCAGUCUUACUCGUGAACCUCGUCCUAACAUCAUUCGUGAACAUAGUCCGGAGAUCCAGCAGACUUAUGAUAGCCCUCGUAGGCCUACCCCUAUGCCAAGUCCAAGAUCAAGACCUGUGCCUGCACCAAGGCGAUCAUUGGCAAGACGCAACAAUGUCAAUGAUCAGCUGUCUCCUGUGUUGGAAACGCCAAGAAUGCAACUUCAAUAUGAGGACUGUUUGCCGCCUGUUAAUCGUGCUGUGCCUGAUAGUGAUAAUCGAGACCAGCUUGGAGGUGUUGGACUAAAUGUGAAUUCGUCGCAGUUUAUCCCAGUUGCCACAAGCCAUGAGAGGGAGGCAGCCAAGGAGUAUGCAGUCACAGCAGGUUUCACUGAGGACCUUUGUAGUUCGAUGGAGUGUUUAGUUAGUACGCUAAAAACCGCUUGUGACAUCGCCAUCAGUCCGACGAAUGGAACUCAUGACUCUCAGUCUGAUCGUGACAAGAAAUCAACGAGUGUUAGUAGUGACCACUCAGAAGUGCAGCCGCUGAUAAAGCUUAUAGACGCUGUUCAGUUACCCAAAGUGGAACUGGUGACAUUUAGCGGUGAUCCGCUGAGAUACUGGACAUUCAUUCGUAGUUUUGACAGUGCGGUUGGCAACAAGCCCAGCAUUAGUGAUGACACCAAGUUGAUGCAGUUGUUACAGUACUGUAGGGGCAAUGCAAGACAAGUGAUUGAGUGUUGCACCAUGAUGGACUCGAGCCAGGGGUAUGUCAGGGCGCGUGCAAUCUUGAAGGAGCGAUUUGGCAAUGAAUUUGUCAUAACAAAGGCAUGGUUGGACAGAGUAUCACUGGGGAAAGCUAUACGUGCUGCUGACUCUGGCGGUCUUCAGGUGUUCGCAGAUGACCUAAACAGUUGUCUGGAAGUCUUUGUUUCGAUGAACAAGGUUUCAGAAAUCGACACAAUGAGAUCGAUACGCGUCAUGUCCGAACGGUUACCAUUACACCUACAGAACAGAUGGAGACGUAAAGCGGUGGAGACUGCCCGUGUAACCGGAAAUUAUCCAAAUAUCGCAGAGUUUGUGAAGUUUGUGUCAUUGGCAGCAACAGAAGCCAAUGAUCCGCUGUUCGGAACACCAGGACAUUACAAUGAUAGCACCGCCAAAGAGCAUAGCAAUGCUAAGGAGCAUAGCCAUAGGAAAACAGAGAAAACAAGCGGGCGAACGCUUGUCACGCAGAACGCUGAUGAUUCCAGAGGUGCAUCACAACGGAUAUGUCAGAUGUGCAAGAGUGAAGAUCAUGCAAUCUGGCACUGCACAGCUUUUAAGGAAAAGAACAUUCCAGAUCGAUGGCAGGUGGCAAAGGAUCGUAAACUUUGCUUUCGGUGCCUGUCAAGUUUUCACCUCGGAGAAAAUUGUCCAAGAAGCAGCAAAUGCGGGAUUGGAGGAUGCACUGACAGUCAUAACCGUCUGUUGCAUAGGAGUGAGGGACGUCAGGAACGUGGAGCUCAGCAGAAGAAGAAAGCAGGCAAUAGUAAGGAGAAGGAUGCACAGAAGCAAGUUGAGAAAACUGAUCAUCCAGGCAGUUCACAUUGUAUAACCAUGGCAACAGGACACCGACAGCCAGUAGCCCUGAGGACAGUUCCAGUGAUACUGAAAUCAAAGGGACAGCGAUUAAAAGUCAACGCAUUACUGGAUGAUGCCAGUACAUCGAGUUACAUCAACUCUGGAGUAGCAGAAGAGCUUGGCUUUCGAGGACAGAUAUCAGAAGCACGAGUUAACGUUCUAAACGGGUCGACAAAAACCUUUAUGACUAUGCCAGUUGAAAUCGGUUUGGAGAGUUUAGAUAGGAAAGUUGACAUUGUGUUCAAUGCCAGAACUGUUGACAAUAUCACUGGGGAUUUACGUCAUGAAGAUUGGAAUGUUCAUAGCAGUCAGUACACGCAUUUGAAGAACAUUGUUUUUCCGAAAGCAGGAAGGCGUUGCACUGUUGAUGUGUUGAUUGGGGCAGACUAUCCCGAGCUUCACCUCGCGUAUCAGGAGAUAAUCGGCAAACCGGGUGAGCCUGUUGCAAGGAAGACAGGCCUUGGAUGGACAUGCAUUGGACCGAUACCUAAUGCUAAUGGCAGCAGUGACUCUACGAACUUUGCUCAUUCUUACUUUAGUCACACCACAUCGUUUUCCGAGAUGAUUUCACCUGAUAUUGACAACACACUGCGUCGCUUCUGGGAGGUAGAAAGUGUCGUUCACAGCAAGCAGGUCAUGAGUCCGGAAGAGAGCCAGGUUUUUACCAAGACGAAGGAGAGUCUCAAGGUCGUGGAAGAUAGAUAUCAAAUCGAUGUUCCAUGGAAGGGAGAUCAGGCACCGUCCAUGCCAGGUAGCCGAGAAAUGGCAGAAAAGCGGCUAGUGAGCACAGAACGGAAACUGCUGAAAGACAAGGAGAUAGCACAAAGUUAUCAGAACGUCAUCACGCAGUAUCUUGAGAAAGGAUACGUCAAGAAGAUUCCUGAUGGUGAAGAUCGUACAGCAGAGGAGAACACUUGGUAUUUGCCGCAUUUUGCAGUCGUGAGACCAGAUAAAGCCACAACGAAGACGAGAAUUGUAUUUGACGCCUCAGCAAAAAGUAAUGGGACAUCUUUGAACGACAAGAUUCAUCAAGGACCGAAACUUCAACUUGAACUUUUUGAUGUUUUGCUGCGAUUUCGCCAGAAACCGAUCGCUCUAGUAUGUGACAUUUCCCAGAUGUACUUGCAGAUAUCUGUCAAUCCAUCCCAGAGAUCAUACUUCCGAUUUAUUUGGAGAGAUCUGGACCAGUCGAGGAAACAAGAGAUCUAUGAAUUCUAG